CUCCACUAUUACAAUUAUUUGAAAUACUUUGUGGUGGUAUAAUAGAAUGGUGGUAUGGGAAGAGUGUGUGAGUGAUGAGACGAUGGGCACUAUAGCUCCCAUUAUUGUCUAUUGGAUUUACGCUGGAGUUAACCAAUUUCUUAGCCCUUCUUUAGAUAAGUACCGGCUUCACACCCUUGAUGAAGAGAAUGAAAAAAACGUAAUACCGAUCACCACAGUGGUCAAAGGAGUCUUGCUUCAACAGCUUCUCCAAAUCUUAAUUACCCAACUUGGAUUCUUUAUUACUUCCUAUACAGAGGAAACCUCAAGGCCAACGGCCCAACCCUCAGUACUAAUCCAGAUCCUUCAGAUAUUAAUAGCCAUGUUCAUAUUCGACACGUGUCAGUACUUCGUCCACCGCUACAUGCACCACAACAAGUUCCUCUACCGCCACGUCCACUCGCACCACCACCGCCUCGUGGUCCCUUACGCGGUCGGGGCUCUCUACAACCAUCCGGUGGAAGUCAUAUCCGACAUGCUCGGUGGAGCCGCUGCGUUUUUUGGGUCAGGGAUGACGCCGAGAACUAGCGUUUGGCUCUUCUGCCUCAUCACCGUCAAGGCCGUAGACGAUCACAGCGGUCUACGCCUUCCAGGGAACUUGUUCCACGUUCUGUUCAAGAAUAACGGUGCUUAUCACGACGUUCACCACCAGGUUAACGGCGUUAAGUAUAACUACUCGCAGCCGUUUUUCACGUUCUGGGACAGAGUAAUGGGGACUCACAUGCCGUAUAACGUCAUGAAACGGCCCGGAGGAGGGCUCGAGGUUAGGAUGAUGAAGAAACGUUCAUAA